GCGGCAGCGUCGCGGCCGCCGUGCUGUCACAGGCGGGGCGCGCGGGCGGGCGGAUCCCGGCUGCUGCGCGGCAGCGGCGGCGGCAUUGGCGAAGGCGGCGAAGGCGGGCGGCGGCCUAGAGCAGUGGCGGCAGCGGCCCGGGAGCUUGGGCCGAAGCUGGAGCCAGCUCGCUGCGGAGGGAGGCGAGCGCCCGGUGCCCUCCGUCGCGCCAAGGAGAUGGCAGGCAUCCGGGAACGCUAUGGGUGAGAGCCCAGCCUCUGUGGUUCUUAAUGCCUCAGCAGGAUUAUUUUCACUAAAAAUGGAAACACUGGAAUCUGAAUUGACCUGUCCAAUCUGCCUAGAGUUGUUUGAAGACCCCCUUCUGCUCCCCUGUGCUCAUAGCCUCUGUUUCAGCUGUGCCCAUCGCAUCUUGGUCUCAAGCUGCAGCUCUGGUGAAUCUAUUGAACCCAUUACUGCUUUCCAGUGUCCUACGUGCAGGUAUGUUAUCUCACUGAACCACCGGGGCCUAGAUGGCCUCAAGAGGAAUGUGACCCUGCAGAACAUUAUUGACCGCUUCCAGAAGGCUUCAGUAAGUGGGCCCAACUCCCCAAGUGAGAGCCGCCGGGAAAGGACUUACAGGCCCAACACCAACAUGUCUAGUGAGCGAAUUGCUUGCCAAUUCUGUGAGCAGGACCCACCAAGGGAUGCAGUGAAAACAUGCAUCACUUGUGAGGUCUCCUACUGUGACCGUUGCCUACGGGCCACGCACCCCAACAAGAAACCUUUCACCAGCCACCGCCUGGUAGAACCAGUGCCAGACACACAUCUUCGAGGGAUCACCUGCCUGGACCAUGAGAAUGAGAAAGUGAACAUGUAUUGUGUAUCUGAUGACCAAUUGAUCUGUGCCUUAUGCAAAUUGGUGGGGCGUCACCGAGACCAUCAGGUUGCGUCCCUGAAUGAUCGAUUUGAGAAACUUAAGCAAACUCUGGAGAUGAACCUCACCAACCUGGUUAAACGCAACAGCGAACUAGAAAAUCAAAUGGCCAAACUAAUACAGAUCUGUCAGCAGGUCGAGAUUGCAGUAAAGGAAUCCCACACUGGUAAAAAGACAGGGGAGAGAUUGCAAGCAGGAGACAAGAUAAGGGAUCCUUUGGUUUAG